UAUGAAGAGAUUAUUGAGGAAUGCUCAAAUUUUGUAAAAAUAAUCACGAUAUUAUCAUCAUGAUCCAGCCAGUAGGGCAUUAGUAGGUAAAGAUUGAAUUUUAUAUAAAUCAGGAUCACCUUAAGAGAUUGCUCCUCCUAUACACUUCAAAUUAUAUUAUCUCCCAGACAAUGUGGCCAAGACUGGCUAAGGUAUGGGACAUCCUCAUUAUAGUGCCUAUUAAAUGGAAGGUAUCACCACUUAUGAUAAUUGGGAAUACAAGUAGAUUAUUAAAUUGAUCUAGAUAUUAUGGUCAAUGGUGGCAUAUAGGAUCUGUCUUCUGGAAUUCAUUGAUGUUAUUCUAUCCUUUAUUAUUAUGGUUUGUUAUUGAGUAGAGUGAGGUAUUUGAAUAAACAUAUAUUCAUUUUAGCAAGAAGCACUUCUGGUGAAGGAUGACAUUUUUAAGAAAUAUUUCAAUGAAGCAGGAGGAUUCUAUUAAUAUACCUUCAUAGGUCCAGAAACCACUUUAAAUUAUUGAA